UGCAGGAGCGACAGUGGGCGUUUCCUGUUUAAAUGCAGGCGCGACAGUGGGCGUUUCCUGUUUAAAUGCAGGAGCGACAGUGGGCGUUUCCUGUUUAAAUGCAGGAGCGACAGUGGGCGUUUCCUGUUUAAAUGCAGGCGCUACAGUGGGCGUUUCCUGUUUAAAUGCAGGCGCUACAGUGGGCGUUUCUUGUUUAAAUGCAGGAGCUACAGUGGGCGCUUCCUGUUUAAACGCGUGCGCUUCCUGUUUAAAGUGUAAUUUAUUAUUUCAGGAUGAAGAGCUGCAGCGCUUUUCCUCGCCACCGGACGGGAAAGGCGAGUCCGCUUGUCAUUGGUCGUCGCCGCGGUUACCUCCGUCUCACUAUCAUCACUCCAUACUGUCGACCAAUCAGCGUCCUGGUUUCCGAACUCUACGUCACGCCCCUUUUGUUUCAGCCAAUUACAGACGCUAAAACGAGUGCACAUUAAAAGAGCUCUGAACUCGUCCACAGGUAGAGACCGAGCUGUGGAAGAAGGUUGGUUCAGUCUGUUGAUGCGCAGGAUUGGAGAUGAACAGCACGGCUGACGUCUUGUCCUCGGCAUACCUGGCCGUGGAGUUUGUGGACUCGUUGCUGCCCCGAAACCCGCUGCAGGAGCCUGUGAAGCAGGCGUGGAACCACAUGCUGCAGAACUACAGCAAGUUCCAGAUUGCCACAUGGGGCUCUCUCAUUGUGCACGAACUGGUCUACUUCCUGUUCUGUCUACCGGGCUUCAUGUUUCAGUUCAUGCCGUUCAUGCAGAGGUACAAGAUUCAGCAGGAUAAACUAGAGACAUGGGAGAAACAGUGGAAGUGCUUCAAGAUGCUGCUGUUCAAUCACUUCUUCAUCCAGCUGCCUCUCAUCUGUGGCACGUAUUACUUCACUGAGUACUUUAACAUCCCUUAUGACUGGGAAUCCAUGCCCCGUUGGCCGUAUCUGUUGGCUCAGUGUUUCGGCUGUGCGGUGAUUGAGGACACGUGGCACUAUUUCCUCCAUCGAGCUCUCCAUCACCGCAGAAUCUACAAAUACAUCCACAAAGUUCACCAUGAGUUCACCGCUCCGUUUGGGAUGCAGGCAGAAUAUGCUCACCCGUUGGAGACACUGAUCCUGGGCGCUGGCUUCUUCAUCGGCAUCAUGGUGUUCUGUAAUCACGUGUCACUCUUAUGGGCGUGGGUCACCAUCCGUCUGCUGGAGACCAUUGAUGUGCACAGUGGAUAUGAUGUCCCUCUGAACCCGCUGCACAUGAUCCCCUUCUACGCCGGUGCACGCUUUCACGACUUUCACCACUUGAACUUUGUGGGUAAUUACGGCUCCACCUUCACCUGGUGGGACCGACUGUUUCUCACUGACGAGCAGUACAACAGCUACACGCAGAAACAGAGCCUGAAGAAAGUCGAGUAACACGUACACGCAUCUCACUAAUAUGUUUCACACUGGAUUGGACAGAUGUUAACGGAUCGACACCAGCAGCGUGCACCCACUUCACUGCAGCGUGCCUUUUAAGCUCUAGACAGGAGCCAAGUAGACAAAAGUAGACACGUAUUCAUACUUGCCUUUAAAAACAAAUUCUUUCACAAAUGACCGUGCAUACUAUACAUGUUGUUGGAUUUUUUUUUUUCUAUAUCAGUAUUUCUAUUUUGUUUUGAAGAGAUGUCUUAAUAGAUUUUAGUUUGUGUGUUUAAAAAAAAAAAAAGGAAACCACACACAUACAACAUACAGUACAUGUAUUAGAAGUAUCUGGAUGAGGUCGAUAUGUCGCACGUAUAAAAUAGAUUGUUGUGAUCUUUUGGAUUUGUCAGAUCUGGUCACAAUGUGAACAUUCAUCACUAUAAAAUAAUGACGACCUCAUCCUUGAAAGCGCUUUGGAUAAAAAGUUUUGUCUGUUUGUCUUGAAUGAAUGUCUAUUCUGAGUUUUCUGUGAUAUCUCACAGAGGAUAAUUUAAGUCACUUUAUCAUAAAUUAUUACACAUAAUUAUAUUAUAUACUAUUUCCUGAGGCAACAGCAUAUCUUGGAUGUUAUGCAGAAGCCGAGAGUAUAAUGUAUCUGAAAG